GAAAUCAUUCGUUUAAUACAAAACCAUGACAAAGCUAUUGGGUAUUGGACUGACGAGUUAGCAUCCGCGUAAUUUCAGAAACGCGUUGCGUUGGCGAUGACAAGUUAUUACAACCCCAGCUGCGAGCGGUAUAUUCAAAGAACAAAUGAUUCAACAUCUCACAGACUGAAAAAUGCUUACUGGACUACCAAACAAGCAGUUAUAAAGAAACUGCGUCGAAAGCAAGACGAAAAUAUUGUAGCUUCCGACUCCGAUCUCGACGCAAAGUUGGAGCUGUUAAAAUCUGUUCAGUUGACAUGUCGAGAUCUUGACAAUGUGUUGGCACGUUAUCAGAGAACGUUGUGCUAUCUGUCUCAGGCUGAAAAUGAAAUGGGACGAUUUCUAAAACAAUAUAGUUUAGAAGAUAAAACACAAGCUGGGAAGAUUAUGUCUGCUGUCGGAAAGGCGUUAAGUAGCUCAGCACAACAAAGACUUACUUUACUCAGUCCACUUGAUCGUGUUCAUCAAGAAGUCAAAACAUUCAGACAACAGGCAAUCAGUGAUACAACAAAUACAGUUAAAAUUAUGGAACAAGGUCGCACAGAAUAUCGAGGUGCAUUGUUAUGGAUGAAAAACGUAAGCGAAGAGUUGGACCCAGAUACAUACAAACAAUUGGAGAAGUUUCGGUGCGUUCAAGCACAGGUUCGUAAAGCAAAAGCAUCAUUCGAUCGCCUAAAAGUGGACAGUAUGCAAAAAAUAGAUCUGUUAGCAGCCAGUCGAUGUAAUAUGCUGAGUCAUGUACUUGUCGGCUAUCAGAAUACUUUGUUGACUUUUCUUGAAAAAACGUCUCACUCUUUCUGAGUUCAGAAUUCUUGUUUAAAUGGAAUUUACACAAAAUUUGAGAAUACUACGUGGCAUAUCUUUUAUCUUGAAAGUAAUUCCAGAAAAAUACCUGAUUGCGUUACCUUAAACUUCAUUAUGUGCGUAUGUUGUUCCAUGCUAUUCAACAAAUUUUCUGUUCUAGAUGAUCUUUCAACUCGCUAGUUCUACUCCUGACACAUAUAUGAUUUUCAAGUACCUGGAUGGGUUUUAUGUCCUUAUACCCCCAAAGAAUUCUUUGCAAUUGGAUACUUUUGGGUUCUCAUUAAUUUUGUGUAUGUAGUUUUAAGAAUAAAUGACCAUAUUCAGAAGGCUGUAACUCCAUUAGAUACAUUUAGUUCAGUUCAGCGGUUUAACUCAAGAUCUUUUGUUUACUAUAGUAAUGUUCUUGAAAGAGAUACUAGAAUAUGUGAAAUAUAACUCGUAUCAACAAUUAACGAUUUCAUGCCAUUUCAGCUCCCUUCGUCUCACUUUGAAAAUGAGUGUCGUUAACUGUAUAUAAUAGUUGCUUCAAACAUAUUUUACAACUCAGCUGUAACCUCACCACCAUAAGCACAUAAUCUUUACGUUAUCAACCUCGCCCAUCCGUACCUGUUGCCUUCACGUGGUUGCCAGACUCAGCUGUCGUAAUGACCCAAUCGAUCUAUAUUAGCUAGAACACUUUCUUUUAGGUCCUACCGUGGUGGGCAGCUCAGUUAGAGAACAAUGAAGUUAAAAGCACAAACUUAAGAUCUGAGGGUGGGGUCACACUACUGACUGUACAGGGCUGUGACGGCAGUAUGCUGUUUCCCCCAAAGAACCAACACCUACAGCAAUAAUACCUUCCUACAACUGAAAGAGACGUUAGACGAGGCUAGUCCUAAAAACAGGACACCUACAGAUUUUUGUCACCAGUGGUAAGGCCUUUAGGGUAUGGAGGUAAUACACCAAGAACUUCCCACAAAAGGAACGUGUGAUUGGUGUCAAGUGGUUGUUUUCUAGGCUCUGUGUCCACUUCUUGAUUCGCCAAUACUUCUACUGAUUCACUUCCAUUUUCAGUUACUUCAUAAAGUAUCCUUCCAAGGUGUAGGUGACUAGCAAAUGAAUUAUUUAUUUACUUAUUUGAACACAAAUAUUGGUACAAGAGAGCACAAAAUAUUUAUGCGUCACACAAAAAAUGAGAAUGGGAAGAGAAAAAAAAGAACAUUAACAACCAGAUUAGUGUAAAGUAGUGUAAUAAUAAUAAUUACAAUAAUAAUGAUAGUAAUAAUAAUGGGGAAAUGGGAAGGUUCAACCAGAAGAAAUCUUUCAGUUAAGGAAGAAACAACCCUAUUUUUAUGAAGAAAGUAAAAGAAGGUUACAGCAGGAUCACUGGCUUUUAUUCUGAACCAUAUCUGAUAACGUCUCUAGUCACUGUUUUGCACCAUCUCUCGGACCUCAGCCACGGAGUCGUGAAGGACCGACAGAAGCCAGCCCUUUGCAGCUUUCUUUCAUACCACGACACCAUGUCAUACACUGACCACCUCUCCCCUGUUUCCAACCAGUCCCAGAGUCGGCAAAUAAUGUACGACGUGGAAUUCUUUGGGACGACAUUCGUAGAACAUGUCCAAGCCACCGAAGUCGGUGUUUCAAGAUGGUGACACCAAUUGCAUGAUCGUCUCUGUGCCCGAAUACAUGAUGCCGAACCUCUGCAUUACUAACAUGGUGUUGCCACUGAAUGUCAGCAAUCCUUCGGAGACAGCGAUGAUCGAACACAGAGAGUCGUCUGACAUCCUCAUAAAUAUAGAACAAAACUGCUUUCACCGGCGUGUUGUAGAUCUGACCCUUUACAGCCAGGCUGACAUCACAUAGGCGCCAAAGAUGACCCAUAUUGGCAUAAGCCGCUCUGGCUUUCAGUAUACGUGCAUUGAUCUCAUCACUCACACCUCCACCAGCACUUAUGCAGCUACCCAGAUACACGAACUUCUCGACCACUUCUAUCUGCUUUCCAUCCAGAGUGAGUACAGGAUUAGAGUUUUGCCAGUCUUGUAGAAGUACUUUGCACUUCGAAGGUGCAAAGCACAUACCGUACCUACGGACAAAGAUUGCCAACUGAUUAAGUGCGG